AUGAAGCGAAAAGGAAGGUUACUUUAAAUUCUGUGCAUGAUGAAUUUCCUAGAUAAAGUCGGACCUGCGAUCUACUUAAUCCUGCACUGAAAAGGUUGAAAAUUAUUCAUUGCUACGAGGUAAGACCAACUGUAAAAUCUAAGGAGUUUUUUUUUGAUACUGAAUUACUGCCAUUAAAUUCUCACCAGUGCAGAAAUAUAAAACGGACAUUUCUAUUUGUAGAAUCAGGAUUCAGACGCAGCCAAAUCCACAUGCAGUCUUCUUUGUUUUACAGUUGCUUGUUGAAAAAGAACAUAUUAAGUAGGUAAAAUGGAAUUUUUACCAAGCAUAUAAUAAACAAAUUUUCAAAGGCAAAUUAGAUAGUUGCUAGCUUGAAUCAGUUGUUAUCAUUUAUCAUGUUUUGCUCGGUUGAUCAAAUGCAAAUAUUGAGCCAACUUAUGACAUACCCUGUCCGAGGAUCAGGAAUAUCCAGCUGAUUUACGAUCGGUCGAGGAACGUUAAAACAAAGAUAUGAAUAACAGGCUCAGCUUUUCGUUGCUUAACUAGUUUUCCCUUGUCCAUGACUGUCUUGAUCACAAUCAAGUUGUGUUUGCAUAAUUGCGGUUUGGGUGAAGAAGUUGUAACUAAGCUAAGGCGGCUUCAUGCUUGCUACCAUGCGAGCAGAGGUUUCUCUCUUGUAUGCUUUUAGGUUUACGAAGUCGUUGGCGUGGCUUGUUUGUCGCGUAGUUGGUUUAUGGGGCAAACAAACCAACUACGCGACAGACAAGCCACGCCAACGACUUCGAAUUCGUAAACGCUAAAAGCCAUGCAAGAAAGAAACCUGCUACUCUAGGGUAACGCUUGCGGGAGUAUGCUAGUAAUUAAAAAGGGAUUCUGAGGGAAAUUACCACUCCUGAUGUCGUGUUACAAAUAGGACGAUGAAAUUACACAAAAAGCUAGCAUAGUUGGUGAUAAAAUGCGUGGGAGUAUAUAGGGAGGUGUUAAUAACAGCGAUACAAUAGCCGAGGCAGUCACGGCUUGCGAGAAAAGAAAGGGACUUUAGAUAUGACGCAUAACUGUCUACCGGUUUGGCUGCCUAAUCAUUAACAGUUUAUCGAGUCAUUAACACUGAUCCAAGUUCACCCUUAAUAGUGGAUUGAGGUCAUUCACAAUCCGGAGGCAAUCGUUUCUACUUGGCUAGUUUUAAUAACGCUUCUUUUGUGCCAGUGACAUUAAAAUGCCGCAGUUCUAAUGAGCUGGGGUGAAGUUUUAAACUUUGGAUUCUAGAACAUCCGAUUAAAAGAGGGUAUGUCAUAAUUCUUAUCACUUUUCUGUGACCUACGGUCUAUUCAUUGCCUCUAUCAAAGUUCUUCGCCUGACUCAUUUACUGAGUCUGACUGGUUUUGCUUUUUUAAAAUUAGUUUUUUACGUCCUUCUUGGAAGUUUUUGUUUUUUGUUAUCAUGCAAGAAAUCUUAUUUGUUUACUUCAAGAAAAAUCAUUGUGUUGUAAAAUUCAUUCCAUCGAAAUUUCCAGUUCUAAUAAAGUGUUUGAAAAUGGCGGUUCCGUUUCCUAAAGCAAACCACAAGAUGUCUAUAAAUCACUCAAAUUACUCAAACUACAUACUCAAAACAUGACCAAUAUACACAAACGGAUACGAUUCGUCAAAAGAAUAUGAUUACCCUGUUUAAAGAUUAUUAUUUUGCCCUGCAGAUAUAAAUUUUGUUAUAAAAAGGCGCUACUCGUUAGUCGUGAUUACACGUAUGUUAUCUUCCAACCUCAGUCUGCAUAUAAGCUACAUACUCAAGGUAAGAAUUGUUGAAAGUCCUGUUUUAAGCAGAAAUUUUCUUUUAUAUUUCGAAAAUGUUGUAAAGCAAUUACUAAAUGUUUCAAGUUGUUUUAAUUUUUGUUGGUACAGACGAUUUCUACUGGGAAAUGCUCGUUUUUAACUUGAUAUUUGGGUGGUUAAAUGUGUUGUUUGCACAUCUAUUUACAGACUUUCACUCGCGUCCUCUAGGAUCUUUCUAGAAAAGGUCUUCCUCUCUCCAUGUUAACAGCCACUAAAUUUUUACAAAAGCUCACGAUUUCUUUUCAAUAGCCAUCAGUUAGUUAGCAACUUGUUUUUUCCUUGCGCAAAUCCUAUAAUUGUCCCAAACUGGCUAGUUGUAAGAAAUAUAUCGAUCCGACAACUGAAAUUAAAAUUCAGAGCAUUUUCCCUGAGAAACCAACGCGCUGUGAUCAGUCGCCUUUUUGCUUGGGUGGAGACGCAUCUCCUUCACUACUGUAUCAAGAAUAGUGAUCGAAAAGGCAAAUCCAGUCGCUGUAAAUUGUAACUCUGAUUUGAACAUACUGUUGCCUACUAUAGAAAGGUAGGAUUACUUCAUACAACAACAGAUUUUUGCGCGUUUUGAAAUGUUUAGCGCUUUUUUUACACGUUAAAAUUAUAACAGGUGUUUUACCGCGCACUGACUUGAAAAGAUAAAAUCAUAGACUGCUCGCAGUCUAUUCCCUCUUCAGUAUUGCCUUGUUGAGACAUGAGGGGGUCAUGAGGACAUCUUGACAUGAUGACAAACAUACUGACAAGGACAUUAAUUAAUUUACUUCAAAACAAGCUACUUUUGAGCACGCAUCAUAACCUGAGCAGAGGGUAAUGUAUAAUUGUUACAUCUGCUAGUAAAUUAUUAACAGCAAAGAAAAGAGAGGAAGAGAAAAUUCCCAAAACGCAUUUAUACGGGCCGUCUAGGAACUAGGCAAAUCUCUCUGCUGAUGCAGCACUCUCCUCGUAAGUCGAGCGCUCUUCUUGACCACGACGGAAUGCAAACUAUAUAACUCUUUAUAAUUUUAAAGUCGACGAGUUCUUUUCUAUGUGGCCAUCAAUUAGUUGACAGUUUCUGAAUUUUUUUUUUUUUUACUUAGUGUCGAUGUUUCCAAUUUUCAAGUUAGUGAUAAUGCAAUGAACCGAAAAAGGAAGGUUAAUUUGAAUUCUGUGCAUGAUGAAUUUCCUCGGUAAAACGGACCUGUGAUCUUGACCACUAUGAUGGACAAGUCAGGGGCACCCAACGGCAAUUUUUAUCUGUUCCACAUUUAUGAUGGACACAUUUUAAACGGUUUGAAAUUUUCGGAUUAUUCAUUGCGAACAGAUGAAAAGUUUUAGGAGACAAGUUUAAACUAAAAUACGUUCAACAACUGUUUUGAAAAUCCUCGUUGGACAAGUUUGAAAGUUAUUUUUUCAUAUGAAGUUUUUUUUAUCGAAUUGCUAUUAAAUUCUCACAAGUUCAGAAAUCUCAACCGUAGCUUUAAAGGCCUUGAUUAUAUAUCUAUUUGUAGAAUAUUGAUUCAGACUCGGCCAAAUUCACAGUCUUCAGUCUUCAGUUGCUUGUGGAACAAGAUCAUAUUAAGUAGUUAAAAUGGAAAUUUUCCCGAGCAUAUAACAAACUUUCAAAGGCAAAUUAGACAGUUGCUAGCUUGAAUCAGUUGUUAUCAUUUAUCAUGUUUUGCUCGGUUGAUCAAAUGCAAAUAUUGGGCCAACUUAUGACAUACCCUGUCCGAGGAUCAGGAAUAUCCAGCUGAGUUACGAUCGGUCGAGGAACAUUAAAACAAAAAUAUGAACACCUGACUCAGCUUUUCGUUGAUUAACUAGUUUUCCCUAGUCCAUAACUGUCUUGGAAUAUUGGUGAUUAAGAUUCAGGUGGAUUUACGCUUGGGGGAGCUCGAGUAGGCUAGUAAUUAAAGGGAUUCUAUGGGGGAUUACCUUUACUGAUGUUGCGUUUCAACAAUAGCAUUCUGAACGAUGAAAUUAAGUUAGCAUAGUUUGUGAAAAAGCGUAGCUCUAUGAGGUGUUGAUCAUAGCAAUAUAAUAGUUCCAGGUAACGGCCUGCGAUAAAAGAAUGGGAUUUUAUAACGCAUAACUGUCUGCCGAUGUGACAGCUUUUUAUUUGCUCACCUUUAAUCAGAGUGGGUCGAAGUUUUGUUAUAAAAAGGCGCUACUCGUUAGUCGUGAUUGCACGUACCCGGUUAUACUCGAACCUCAGUCUGCAACCACAUACUCAAGGUAAGAACUGUUGACAGUCCUGUUUUCAGCAGAAUUUUUUAUGUUGAAAACGUUUCAACGCAGUUACUUAAUCUCAAGUUGUUUUUUUGUUGUUGUUCAGUGUUGAUAGAGAUAUCAAUCAGGGACAGGGAAUGUUCGUUUUUGACUUGGCCGAAAUUGGCCUAUUUUAUUUGCUCUUACGGAAAGGUCAUCAACUGGUGUUGUUUACCAAGAGAGAAUGAUGUGUUUGCAUAUUUAUUUUAAGAAUUUUAUCCGCGUCCUCUCGGAUCUUACUAAUGCUAAAGGUCUUCCUCCCUCCAUGUAAACAGCCACUAAAUUUUCAAAAGCCGACGAGUUACCGCUUUCAUGAAUAGCCGUCAUUUAGUCAUCUGUUUGUUUUUUCUUUGCGUAAAUCCUAUUGUCCUAAAUUGACUAGCUGUCAAAAAUAUAUUGAACCCACAUGUAAAAUUAAAAUUCAGAACAUUUUCCCAGAGAAACAAAGGCGCUAUAGUAAGUAAGUAAUAACUUUAUUUAACCACGGAAUCCUUAUCACUAAAAAGUGGUCUUCUAAAGAGCCGUGCACAUUAAACUAAGACUUAAAAAUAACAAACAUUAUUGAAAAAGUCCUAUAAUAAAUUCUUACUAAGAAAAUAUGAUCAUUCGCUCCUUUCUCUCGGUGGAGGCGCAUGUUACUACUGGCUACCAAUAGUGAUCGAAAGGCCAAAUCCAGUCGCUGUUGUAACUCUAGAACAUAGUGUGUUUGCACACUACGGAAAGGUAGGCAUGCUUCAUGCAAGAUGGUUGCACAGAUUGUUGCACGUUUUGAAUUAAAAACAUCAGUUUUCUUUCAUUUCAGGACUUAAUUGUCUGCGUUGCUUCAAAACUUAUAAUUACCUUUCACCAAAUAUUACCUAUUCUCAUGAGAUAAGGCUACUCUACCUUCUUUGUCUUUUUUUUCUAAUAACCAAACAUAAAGCGGAAAUUCGAAGAUUU